AUGAACGAGCCUCAUGAUAUACGAAACUCCCUGCUGCUGGCCAACCUCCAGGCUGCUAUCGACACCAUCCGGGCCACUCACGCCAGCAAUCUCAUCCUGGCUCCCGGAAACCACUGGUUCGGUGGUCACUCUUGGACUAAAGGCGGCUAUGAGGCCAACAAUGAAUGGAUUCGCAAGCUAGUUGAUUCUCUCAACAACCUCGCGAUUGACGUCCACAAGUGUCUUGACGAAGACUUUAGCGGUAGUCGCCCCUUAUGCUGCCAGGCCCCUGUGAGCAACUUGGCUGGAGUGACUGCCUAG